AUGGUAAGAAAUUAUAAACGGAAAACAAAUCAACAGAGUUGGAGUGCGCUGUCCAUGCAAAAAGCAUUGGAAAAAAUAUUAAAAGGAGACUUGAGCAUCAAAGAAGCCUCAAAAGCAUAUAAUGUUCCAUAUUCCACAUUAUACCGCAAACAAAAAACUGGAAAAUCGCCCCAAGAAGCUGCAGUAAAAUCACUUGGUCGGUUUAAAAAAGUAUUUGAUUACAAUCACGAAACUUUAUUAAAAAAUCAUAUUUUACUGAUGGAAAAGAGAUUAUUUGGUUUGACUAUCCUAGAUCUGAGAUUGCUAGCAUAUCAGUAUGCCAUUAAGAAUAAUUUAAGCCACUGUUUUAACAAUCAAAAGGAAAUAGCUGGCAGAGAUUGGGUAUAUAAUUUUAUGAAAAGAAAUCCAGAAUUAUCCCUAAGACAGCCUGAAAAGACUUCAGCAGCCAGAGCUUCAGCAUUUAAUAGAACAAAUGUAUCUAAGUUUUUUGAUUUACUUGGAGAAUUGAUGUGUAAAUAUAAUUUCACAGCUAGUAGAAUAUAUAACUGCGAUGAAACCGGAAUGACCACAGUACCGAAUAAACCAGCCAAAAUAAUAUCACUAAAAGGAAAAAAACAGGUUGGAUCAUUAUCAUCUGCUGAAAGAGGCACGUUAGUUACUGCUAAAAUUUGCAUGAAUGCAGCUGGUCAGUACAUACCACCACUUUUGAUAUUUCCAAGAACACGUUCACAAGAUACGUUUAGUUCUGGAUUGCCUCCUGAUUCAAUUGUUGUAUGUCAUCCAUCCGGGUGGAUGCAAACUGAGAUAUUUUCCCCUACAUGGUUAAAUCAUUUUAUAAAGUAUGUAAAACCGACGGCUGAAGAUCCCGUUCUUCUUGUGUGUGAUGGUCAUUCAACUCAUGUCAAAAAUAUUGAUUUUGUUACCCGAGCAAAAGAUAAUUUUAUUCAUGUUUUAAUUUUACCUCCCCAUACUUCUCACCGACUUCAACCUUUAGAUGUCUCUUUCAUGUUUCCAUUAAGUGCCUACUAUGAACAAGAAGUUAAACGUUGGCUUAAAAACCAUAGUGGUAAAAUUGUAACAAUAAAACAAGUUGGUGAAUUGUUUGGUUUAGCAUAUCAAAGGGCAGCUACAAUUCAAACAGCAGUAAAUGGUUUUAAAACAACUGGCAUUUGUCCAUAUAAUCCAUACAUUUUUCCCGAUGAUUUGUUUGAACCAUCUGAGACAACAAAUAAAACAUUGGUAGACAAUCAAACAACAAUAAAUCAAACACCAACAACAUCAUAUCAGACUAUCUCAACUGAACAUGUAUCUGUUACACCAGAAGACAUAAUGCCUGUGCCUCAUGUUGGAUCUCGAACAAUUGAAGAAGCUACAGCUCCAAAAAGGAAAAAAGGGAAAACUAUGAUUAUUACAGAUACUCCAAAUUUGAAAGAACUGGAAAAUAAUUUACCUGUCAUUAAUAAUCAAAAAAAGAAAGUUGUAAAGAAACGAUUAUUCAUGUCAAAAGCUAAAAUAUCAAAACCCAGAUCAAUUUCAUCUUUUGAAGAUGAUUUUGAACUUUUAAAUGAUACAAGCGAUAAUAAUAGAAACAUUGGAGCAGAUGAAAAUAACCAAAUAAAAAAAACAUUGAACUUGACUGGAAAAUAUAUUGUUGCAAAAUUCCAAGUAGAUAAAACACUGAAGCAUUUUGUUGGUAUUGUAUUAAAUUCAAACAAUGAUGUUAAAUUUUUGAGAAAAUAUAAGUCUAAGUUUGAUAAUUCUAACAAAAUAUUAUUCAUUUGGCCUAACGUGGAAGACAUUUAUAAUGUUAAGAGUGAAGAUGUGUGCAUAAUUUUACCAAAACCAACAGAAGAUCGUAGAGGUAGAUUAACUUUUAAAGGAGGUCUAACAGAUAAAUUUAACAUUUGUUAA